AUGCGUAGAUUUCGAACCAGCGAUAACAGCUCUGAUGAUACUUUGCACUCAUUGUCAGAGAACAUAAGAAUUGUAAUGGCUACAGCCCUGGGAGUAGGGAUUGGAGUCGCCCUGAUCACUUGUCUUCUAGAAUACCCAAGUGUUGCAGACGCUGGAAACAUAACGAAAGUUGGAAAACUUUUAAUCGACACGGAUGCCGGUGCCGACGAUGCGAUCGCCAUUCUCAUGGCUUUGCAAUCGGAAAAACUUUACGGUGAUGCAAACGUGGUGGGAAUCACAUGCGUUAAUGGAAACACCUACGUCGACAACGUAGUUCUAAACGUACUAAAGACCCUGAAGGUCGUCGACAGACUUGACGUCCCUGUCUACAAAGGUUCGCAGCAACCGUUGUUGUUGAAUGAUGAAAAAACGGAUUACUUCGGCAAAGAUGGCUUUGGGGAUUUUGAAUAUCCUGAUCCUCCGUCGCCAAACUUGGUUCAAGACAAACAUGCAGUGAACGCAAUGAUCGAGCUUGUAAAAGCAAACCCAGGUGAAAUAACGCUCCUGGCUUUGGGACCACUGACAAAUGUCGCUAUGGCAAUCAGGAUGUACUCACCAUUUAUCGACGAACUUCAGCAACUCAUAAUCCUGGGUGGUAGCAGCGAAGGAGUAGGAAACGUGCGACCUGGAAUCGAAUACAACUUCGCAGUCGAUCCUGCGGCCAAUUAUAUCGUACUUAACGCGUCGACGUCAAAGCCUGCCAUUCUACUACCGUACGAAGCAUCGGAGCGAGCCAAGACAACGAUGGCUUUCAGAACUUCGUGGAAUGAGACCGACAACUUAAAGGUUUGGCUAAUUAAUUCUGCUGAAUCUGUUACGCUGAAUCCUGACAACGAAUACUGGGAGUGUGCUGAUGGUGUGGCUGCUGCUGUCGCCCUAACUUCCGGCACUAUCGUAACAAAAUCAAAAACCUUGUACUCGAACGCCAUUUAUGAAGGAUCGCUAACCGCGGGGAUGGUUGCAAUCGACUACUCAAACCUAACGCAAAAAGUACCAAACACAAAUCUGAUCCAGGACGUAGAUGCCGACGAAUUUAAAACCAUGUUACUGACACUUUUGAGCUAACAGAAUUUCGCCGUCAACCCUAUUUGAUCAGCUUGGUGACUCGGCUAGUUAAACCCUCGUAAAAAUAUUGGCUAAUCCCCUUUCAUAACGUAUAAAUGCCAAUCAUUUAUCAGGAUCCAACUACCGUCACAUUCUGGCGAAUUACUAAAAAACUAACCACCAGUUUUACCCAUUUUUGCCAUGAGAAGACGAAUUGUUCUUUGCAAUCUCAGCAAGAGGUAACAGGAGGAAAAAAGAGUUCAAAAGAAAAAUCGAGUCAGAUGUCGAUCACUCUUUAACACAGAACCCGUAUAUCAUAGGUAGUAUAAAAAUGAUAAGGGAUAAAAAAAUUGACUGGAUAAUUAAGCCGCAAGUGUCAGUGUAUCGAUUUGUUACGGAUCAUGGUUACAUCUGCGAUAUCCUUACCCUUAGAAGUGAUUAACGUCGCAUUAUGUAUCUGAGAAAAAUUAAUAAACAUAAAUUG